AUGCCUGAUUCUGGAAUAAUUCCAACCGAAUCUGAGCCGAAGUCUAACCGUGCCUCACCACAGACACCUUUAAGUGACGCCUCCUCCGUGAAUGUCCCUCAGAUCACUUUGACAACAGCACAGGCAGAAGACGUUAUUGAGUUUAUUCACCAUUCUCCUAAUCAACAACAGCCUUCAUCGCAUCUAUCAACACCAUUACCACUUACUAGAGAUCUGCUUCGUCGAAAAAACAAAAUAGAUAAGCUACUACAUCACAAUCCACACAAUCUAUCGACGCCGAAUACAUAUGUUGUGGAUGAGCGUGUCACUGCAGGCCUUGGUAUUGCCACUCCACAUGAUAACUUGGUUUUGGGCGGAACUGGCUUGAGGUCACGCCGUAAUUCUAACCGAAUCACUAGCUCUACCGAUGACGAGAAGCUUUGGUAUAAAAGCCAACCGUCUUCGCCUCGAGUGAGUGAUUACUCUCACUUUCAGUGGACUUCUACAUUAGAUCGAUUUAAAGACAGCCCAAACGCAAACUCUUCUUGUAAAGAUAACAAAUUAUCAGGCACAUCUUCUGUGACAUCAAUGAGUGAUAAUGCUUCUAUGAAAGCAUACAACGCAGAAGCUCAUCGUUAUAUGGAAUAUUCAUACGACCAGUCCAGAAAACUCCGCCAUAUUAACCAUCAUCAUUACCACCACCACCACCAUAACCACCCUGUCCGGAAAAGACGAAGUCAAAUGCAGCAGUAUCUGGAUCUGAUAUACGAGGCCGCUGCCAGAGUAAUUAACUCGCGUUCACCCGAAAAUAAAAAAAAGAAAUAUACCAUAGAGCCCUGGAAAGAAACAUAUUUAUCCCCACCAUCAUCCCCACCACAGCAUCAACCACCAUCAACAACGGCACCUGCGCCAGUAACAGUAACAGCAACAGCAGCAGCAAGAGAAGCUUUUGACGAAAAAAAUACAAGCGAUAUUCAACGACCCCUUGAUUUAAAUGAUCCAAUCGACAACUUACCAAAAGAGUCAAAAGAAAAUCAACUUCAAGGUUAUUCACUUAACCUAUUCUCCCCUACAAACACUAUACGAUUGUGGUUGUGGAAGCUAGUGAAAUCAAAGAAUAUUGAGGUGCUUCUAUUACUUCUUCUAUUACUUCAUUGGUUCUUGAUGGCAUGUGUCCCAAUAAAAAAUAACGAUGAGAAAUCAAUAUUUGGAAAGCAAUGGACUCAUUAUCCUAUUCUUUGCAUUCAAUCAAUAUACAGCCUGGAAGCAAUCGCUAAAAUAAUCGUGUAUGGUUUCUGGAUACCACCUACCCGAGAAAAGAGCCGACUAUCUAUGAUAUUUACGCCUAUAUCGAAUUGUAUCCGUCGUCUGCGUGGACUUAGUCGAAACUUGCAUGAUAAUGACCAAAAAGAAGAGGAAGACAAAAUUGAGCUCGAACAUAAAGCAUACCUCAAUAAGUUUGGAAACAUUCUCGAUCUGACAUCAAUUGUAUGCUAUUGGAUCGAUUUUGGAUUUAUGCUUCAUGGAUAUCGCUAUUUUACCUUAUUCAAGACCUUGGGUGCCACACGACCUCUGCGUCUCUUGCUAAUAUUCCCUGGUACUGCAAUGAUUGUAAGAUCUCUUGAAGAAAGCCUCGGUCUUUUGCUGGUUGUCCUGGGGUUCUUGUUCUUUUUUCUACUCCUGUGGGCCUUAAUUGGUCUUAUAUCAUUCCAAGGCGUGUUCUCAAGAAGGUGUUAUGUGCUUGACUCUGCGGGUGUAUCCACAUAUGUAGAGCCCCCUGCUUACUGUUCAGGAUUCUACAAUGGCACUGAACUAAUUGGACCAUACAACGUUAUCCGAGAAACGUAUGGCUUCCCAGGACCACAAGGGAAUAUUUGCAAAAGUGGCCAAAUUUGUAUUGAAGAUCCUAUAAACAAUCCAAAUUUUGGAUUUGUAAAUUACGAUACCAUAUUUUAUUCUUUCCUGAGCAUUUACACAGUCCAAACCCUUGAAGGAUGGACCCCGAUGAUGUAUCAGAAUCAAGAUGGCGACUCUAAUGCAGUCGCGGUAUAUUACUGCAUAUGUGUCUAUGUUCUAAGCUUCUUAGUCACAUUUUUGGUGUUCGCUGUAAUCACAUCAACCUUUACCCAAAUCCGUGCCAAUAAUUAUGGGAGUGGAUUCAAAGCAAAAAAAAAGUCAUAUCCAUUACUCAGACUAGCAGACUCACACGAGAACUCUACACAUGAAGAUAUUCCAUGGAUGUUUGAAGAUGCCCACAAAGAUUCUGGUAUCGGAGUGACCCGUAUAUGGUUUAAACGAAAUGUGGUCAAUAUGGUAAAGAGCCCAAAGUUCUUUUACUUUGGAGGAUUAUUGGUAUUUUUAGACCUUGUAUUCAUGUGCAUGCGAUCAUUUUAUGCGACCGAAAAAACGCUAGAGAUUAUUGAUAAUGCUGAGACUACAUUUACUUUCAUAUUUGUCAUCGAAAUUGUCCUUCGAUUCGUUGGAGCACCAAACUGGAUACAAUUCUGGUCUUCGGGGAGAAAUCGAUUUGACUUGUUCUUGGUGAUCAGUACAUGUGUCAUACAGCUUCCAAUGAUCCAGGACUCAGAGGCAUACAAAUACUUGACAAUAUUUCAAGUACUGCGCCUCUAUCGUCUGCUUAUUUGCUUUCCACGCGUCCGAAGAAUCAUUUAUGCCUCUCUUGGUAAUGGCGAAAGUAUUACCAACAUUGUUAUUUUCUUGGUACUGGCCACAUCUCUUUGUAGCCCAAUUUUUAUGCAAAUGUUAGGAGGAGACUUUGUAGACUUUAUGGACGCAGACUCUACGGAACUACGCUUUGAUGCUUUUUGGCAAAGUUUUAUGACUCUGAUAAUGUUGUACACAAGUGAGACCUGGACGCAACUUUUAUAUAACGCCAUGGAAAGUCAGAAUGGACUUGGAUCUAUUUAUGCGGCUAUAUUUACAUGUAUUUAUUUUGCCUUUGCAAGAUUCAUUCUGGCUGGUUUAUAUAUUGCUGUUAUUUUGGAGAACUUUGAACUAGAGGAGGAGUAUAUAAAACAAUACCAAAUCAAACGCUUUAUUCGACAGCAUACCCACAAAGAUAUACACAAGGCAGAAACUAUUUUGAACAAACUUUUCGGAUCCCUCUAUAAAAGAAGCGAAAAUAGAAGUGUUCAGAUACCAAGGAUGCCUACUAGUCUUACAGUACCCGUAUCAAAAUCUUCUUUGGCAGAACUACUUGUUGAUCAUGAUGACCCAGAUCUUAAGGAAGGUGAAGCAGCUGUCUUGGCCGAAGAAGCCAAAACCGCGGAAAAAGAUGAGCACGCGAAAAAAAAAUCGGGCCACGGACACGUAUACACUAGCACUGCCUUUGCUGACAUUACAAUAGAAGAUGCAACAGAUGAUUACGAAUUAAUUGUAGCCGAAGAAAACCGACGUGCACUACAAAGCAAUAUACACGAGAGAAAAUCCCUCUUUAUUUUCUCUCAGCGAAGCAAAACUAGAUAUUUUUGCAAAAGACUAGUCGGUAACAACAAUGACGGAAAGUCUGAGCGUAAGAAUCUAUUCAACUGGUUCAUCAUGGCGUGUGUCGCUUUGAGCAUCAUGAUGGUUAUUCUCGACGAACCUUCAACAAGAAAAUUACGCGAAGACUCAAUGGCUCAGUCAGCAUUUUAUAUAAUCGACUACAUCUUAUCAUUGAUAUUUGUGAUCGAGAUUAUUAUUCGUGUUAUUGCAGACGGCUUAUUCUUAGCACCUAGAUCCUAUUUGCGCAAUGCGUGGAAUACUCUCGACUUUACAGUUGUUAUAUUUAACAUAAUAACUAUUUUUCUUGGAUCGGAACGGUCUCCACGUGCUUUGAGUACUGUACGUAGUCUACGUAUUCUUCGUGUGAUCCGUUACUUUAAAGGUGUUCGAGAUAUAUUUGUGGACUUGUUCCACGCAUUUCCUUUAAUGUUAGAUGCUCUGGUGCUUACAUUUUUGGUAUUGGUACCUUACUCGGUUUACGGAAUCAACAUAUUCGGCGGUAGAUUUUGGCUGUGUAAUGACGACGGCAUGGAAAAUAUAGCAGAAUGUCUAGGAGAGUUUGCCAACAAUAUCAGUGGAGAUGAUGUUGUCGAUGCCAAUAUUCUUAUUCCACGAGUGUGGCAGAACCCAGAAACAAAUAGCUAUUCUUUUGACAAUUUUCCACAGGCGUUCAACCAUCUACUAGGAUUAACUUCUACCGAAGGCUGGGUUGAUUCAUUGUUUAGCGCAAUGAGUACACCGUCUGAGGAAGGCCAGCAGCCUUCGUUUAGUUGGGACUCUCCUAUGAUAUAUCAUUCAAUUUACUAUAUCACAUUUAUGAUCAUAUCUCAUGGCACAGUCCAGCUGUUUGUUGGUGUUAUUAUCGAAAAAUUUAAACAACGGUCAGGAAUAACAACACUUACACUUAAGCAGCGACAAUACCUCGACCUAAGGCGCCAAAUGGCUGAAAUAAAACCUACCAUCAAAGCGUACAGGCCUGAUUCAGUCAUCCGAGGAUGGUGCUAUGACAUUGUUGCCAACAAGCGUGGAAUUUUCAAUAGAAUCACAAUGGGUGUUGUUAUAACCAACAUAGCAAUUAUAUGUACUGAAUACCAGAAUGCCCCCACCUGGCUCGAACAGCUUCAAGAAUACGCUUAUACUGCAUGUAUUAUUAUAUAUGCUCUCGAGGUUCUUGUUAAAUUUCUAGGAAUGGGACGAAAAAAGUGGGCAGCCACAAAAUGGAAUUGGUAUGAUGGAUUUAUUGCUAUUAGUGCAGUAUUACUUUUGAUUUUGCGUUUUGCGGUUCCAGAUCUAUGGACAUUGCGUGUAGAACGUUAUUUUCUGGUAUUCGCAGCAUUUCGCUUAGGUGAAGGUAUAGAUGUCCUUCAAAAACUAUAUCACACAGUUGCCAAUUCAAUGCCGAGUAUAAUCCAUGUUUCUGUUGUAUUCUUAAUUGUCAUGUGCUUGUUCGCAAUGUUAUUUAUGGAGCUGUUUGGCUUAACACGCUAUGGACCAAAUGGAGAUGAGCAUGGCAAUUUUAGGACAUACGGAAAUGCCCUUCUAUUACUAGUUCGUAUGACAACUGGCGAAGGAUGGGUAGUCCAGUACCCAAAUUGUGUAAACUUUGCUGACUAUCUCGAGACGGAUUGUGGGUCUCCUGGCUGGAGCUUCUUUUUAUUCAACUUCUUUUAUAUUGUCUGUACUCAUAUCUUCCUAAACUUGUUUACUGCUGUUAUCAUCAGUAACUUUGAGCAUACUUAUGAGACUCGGUCCCGGUUUACGGGAAUUAGCAAGAAUGAUCUUCGAACGUUUAAACAUGCGUGGGCUGAAAUCGAUCCUACUGGAACAGGUUAUAUUCAGAAAAAAGACGUUACAAAGCUAUUACAUCAUAUUCGUGGUCAUUUACAGCUUGGGAUCUAUGAUGAUGCUUACAGCAUCAAAAACUUGAAAAAGCUUAGCAAUAUUCAAGUAAAUGAAGAUGAACAACACGUACUCGAUGACAAAAUAGACAAGCCCGGGACCCCAUCAUACAUCCCUGGUCGAGUUACACAUGGAUACAAUUACAACGAGGUCAACAACUGCCUAUCAAAAAUCAAUCCACAAGAAUUGCAAGCGCGAAGAAAACAAUACAAUCUUUAUUAUAGAGAAAUAAUAGAAGCCGAAAGAUCCAAGGGCAUUUCGUUUGCAGAUGUAUUGACUAUAAUUACAUACCGUUUUAUUGAUGUUGAAGAAUCACUGACACUGGAGCCUUUAAUAGCACGUCUAGAAAAGCUAGAACGGCUAGAGAAAGCCUAUGCAGUUGAGAAAGCAAGUGGUGUGUUUAUGACUCUGAUUCAAAGGAAGCGAUAUCUUCAUCAGAUCUGGCUAAAGAGAAACGAAGAGGAGAUAAAGAAGUUGGGUGUGGCAAGUGCGGGUAGCCUUCACCUGGAUACCAGCGUGGCUAGUUUGAGUACACCUGGGACGAGGGAUGUACGCCAACACUCCCCGGUUCCUAGAAUUAUCGUGGAGAAUGUGCAUUUGUCAAGUCCGGUAAAUCAUCAGUCUACACCUAUUUCUCCAAUGUCAAACUUUUCGAUGGAUACACAGCAAGGAUCACCGUUCGCGGGACUGGAUUCCCCAGGAACCAUAAGCGGAGCACCAUCGCCAAGUCCAUAUGAUGAAGAAAGUUCAUUUUUUGGUACACCUUCACCUGGACUCUCUCCUCACCCCAAUCUCAGUCCAUACGCACGUCAUGGUUGGUUAAUGAUGGAUGGUAAUAAUUCUAUGUCUGAGGAACAGGCCGGGCGUUUAAUGGAAUCUUUUUAUAAUAAUACUUGGUCUGAUAUGCUUGAUGCGGCCGAAGAAUAAGAUCCAAUAAGUAUAAUGUAUUUCUUUAUAAGAAAAAAAAUACACAAAAGUCUAGAGCAGAUAUAAUAUUCUUAUUUAAUUAAUAAAACGGCGUGUUUUUACAAAACAUUGAUAAAGU